AAAACCUUUAUAGAGGCGCCGCGUUUCUGCGUUCACUCAGCCGUUAACGAUUGUACCAGUCGCAACCAAGAAAAGAAGUCCUCAAGAAACUUUCGUUUGUUUUGUACGCUUGACACACUUGGAUAGGAUGGAAUGAUUUCACUUUCAUAGUGAUAUUUAUUACGUGACAAUCGUCAUGCAAGAUACAUAAGACGGAGAAUAAAUGCAAGUUUUGAUGAAACCAAUCACCUCAAGUUCUAAAUGUUCUAAUGGUUUAGGAUAAGGAAACAGAAACGAUAAACUGAUCGGGAAUCAAACCAACCGUACAGUGAAAGAGAUCUUCACCUAGCUAGCUGUCAUUUGAAAUAACAAAUCGACAAUGAGACCCUCUAGUCCAUUGCCAAUAACUACUGUCACCAAACAUCAUCGUAUGUUUUCUCAUGAUGAUACCAUGACUGGGGAUUCAUCACGAUCAUCAAGCUUGCCCCCUCGUGCUCGGGUGUCAUUCAGUGGUAUCAACACACUAGCACCAUGCUCAAAUGAGUUUCAGAAAAGUCUCAACGACUUACAUCGGAUGGAAGAGGACAGUGACUUCGCCGAAAAUAAACUUACUCUGCCCGUUAUCCAGCUUCUUAAAUGCUCAGAAAACGACCGUAGUCAUAGGAAAACUCGACCAAGCUGCUGGGAUGAUGAUAAUGGGACGGGUACAUCUGAUGAUAACACGAAGAGCUGGACAUCACUAAGCAAUGUUGGUACACUCGUCACGUUGGAACCGAAGAAAUGGAACCGUUCUAAAGCAAAAAGUGAACAAUUAGAGGUUGAGGCCUGUGACGAUAAUAUUUCAGUUCGUUCUGAUUCUUAUAUGAUAUGUAAUACUUCACCAAGUGUACGACGAAGAGCAAGACAGAGUAUGAAGCACGAAGGAGGUAUCAAAGAAAGGUUAUCGAGAAAAGAUGAAAGCAAAAGAGGACAAAAGACAUCUCUGGAUCUUGAACCGUCUAUGUGGAAGAAUGGAUCUCGUGGUCUAUCGCCCUUGUCACGAACCCAACAGAACAAAGACAAUCCAGUUUGCCUGCCCAUGAAUCGUAGCAAAUCUGCUCAUACCAGUCCUCAGCGAGAGAGUCGAGAAAUCUACCAACCGGGCAACAAUAGCGCCCCCAACUCACCGUACGGAAGUCCCCUUCUCAAUCGUGCGAACAAAGGGAAACGUGUUCCCAAUAUCCCUAAAUGGCAGAAGCCAUUCAGCUUAUCAACAUCACCACCAACAAGUAGCUUAACAAACCAGAAUAUCAACCCAAUCCUGGUCAAAAUCGACCCAAAGUCAGGAUCUUCUAGACGAGUCAAUAAAGACAAUUCUAGAUCGUUUAGACUGAGUGAUUUAACUCUCGAAAGUGCAACCAGAGGCAGGCAUGUUACAGUCAAUUUAGAAGAGGAAUUUAAACGGUUAAAAGCGUGCAGAUACUUACGUUGUCAAUCAGAUGGAAAGGGAUCAGAUGAAGAUGUGUUUACAUAGAAUCAUUAACAAACAUUUGAUUAAUGGGAAAAUAUUAUACCAACCAUGCCAACAGGCCAGCUACCAAUAAUUUCAUUAUACAAUUGGCAGACAGUAUUCAAAUCACCUCUUAAAAUGGAAGUUACCCCAAUAGAAGACUCCCCUAACAGCAAUUGAUUUGAAAUAAAAAGAUAAAAAUCAAACAAGCGUAAUGCUAAAAAUGUCAUAAAAAUCGGAUAUAAACGAUUUUGAAGAAAAAAAAUGAGACAGGAAACCAUGUCACUCACUUUCUAUUGAAUUACAUGCAUGAAUAGUACAACAUUUACAUUGCAUAUUUGGAUUUUAAAUCAUAAUUGGUUACAACACAGGCAAUCCACAUACAUGUUCCAUGUGUUCAGAGAAGAAUCAACCUUCGUUUGCUUACAUUAAAAAACAAUUUAUUAGAAUAUUAUAUAUGUUGUAUACAAAAUAUAACGAAAAUAGUAAGUUGGUGACAUCAUCGGCUUCCAUAUUCACAUACUGACCAGGGGGGGGAUGUUUCAUAAAGCUGUUCGUAAAGUUACGCACAACUUUACGCACGACUGGAACAUGUUCUU